AUGUUGACGACACGCGACGACGCUGACGACACACAACGACACACAACCUUGUCACCCGACCACAAUGACGAGCGCCGAGGAGGUGAGACAACGUGGCAGAUGUGCCACGUCGUCCAGACAGUGACGACGCAAGCCGUCGUCACUGUCCAUGCCAGGUGCCACGUCGCUAUCCUGCGACGUGGCAACGAUUCAACCGAUGACUCACCAAUAUGCGACAUGACAAAACGGCACAACAACAACAGGACGACACCAACGGGGACGAGGACGGUGCCACCAACACGACGCGAGAGCGACCCCGCAUCAGCGAACACACCCAACGAGCCCCAGCACAACCAACCACGACCCAGCGCCCACAAACGGCAACCAGAGCCCGACUGGUAG